AUGAAAGCUAGAAAAAGAGCAGGAGCGGGUGGCACCUACAUGAAAAGACUGAAGCUAGCCUCCGACAGUCUUAAGAGUACUGACCCUGAGUCCAGUUACGGGACUGUCCUCAAUAUGGACUCCUACCUCGCGUUUAAAGACUUUUCCGGCUCCAAAGCUGGGAAAACCAAAAAGAAAAGUCGGCGGAAAGGGAUGGUGUUGAGCAGAACAGAACAGAAAGCUAUCGAGAGCACAGCUAGAGAAACGCUAGACAAGCUCUUACCAAAAUGGAAAGGCGAAAAAUCGCCAAGUUCGUUGACAAACGCAGAAAUUGAGCGAAAGAAGGAAGAUCUGUUUCAAAAUAUUGGGGAACUUCACACCUCUCUGUCAGUGUCAGAGCUACUAGCACAACCAAAAUGGCGCCGGGGAUUCAGACCGUCUAAAGUUAUAGCUGAGACCCCAGAUAAGAAGCCUACGGUAAACCUGGGGACCACUAGGAUUAGGAAACCGUCAGCUGGGUUCGAGACAAUCUUCACUAGCUCCCGACCCAUCCCCCUUCCUUCUGCUAAGAGAGUCAUUCCUAAGUUCCUCAACAGAAGGGAACUUCUUGAGAGCAAUCAGCUCUACAAGUUAACACGCGACAGCAAGACGAGGGAAUUGAAAAUAGACGAGGAAAUCGCGCUGCUGGGAUCUUAUGCCGGUAUUACAAGGUACAACUACCUCCGUGAUGGUGACGAGAAACUGAAGGAGAAGAGACUAGAGUACAACAAACAACUGGACAAGCUGCACCGCCGGAAGCUCGGCCUCAAGAGAUCCUGGAUAAACGUCGUCAGCAAGCGAAGGAACAGUCUGGAUCCCAGGAUGGGUCUCCCUAAGAAUGCCCCCAUGAUGCCUCUUAUUCCUAAUCUUAGAAAGAGCGACUCCAAACUUACUGGACUCAAGUCAAAACUCAGAGAGAUUGGACCUUCCCGCUUUGAUAAAGACUCCAAGACCGCCCCAGAACUCCACCGAAAAUACGAAAGCCAAGCUUCUUCAUUGACUCAACUUCGUAAAUUCGACUGA